CAAGAUUCUUCAUCGUGGGUUCAAUCUUCAGUAAAAAAGAAAGAAAAUAAAGGCUCACUAUUUCCAAUGUGUUCAAUUUUGGGCCCUUUAUUUUAUCUUACUGUAAAUGUUCAUUUAUUUUCUGGGUUUUUUUCCAGUCUGAUAGAUCUUGUUUUCACAUCUUUUAACACUUUUUACAGUUCUGUAAAGUGUAACAUGGGUUUUUAAGGUUUUUCAUUCACUGUGAAGAAACUUUUUACAUUUCUGCAAAAAAACCCUUUUUCUUGGAUUUGUGUUUAGUUGGCUGGUAGUUCUGCUCUGUUUUCUGUCUGGUUGUGUGUACAGUGAUUCCUUUCUCUUACAAAGAUAUCCAUUGGUUUUGUUAUCAGUGAUUCAACAAGAUAAAAAUACAAUCUGGGUCUACUGAAUUUGCGUGGUUUGGCGAUUCAUAUUAAGGAUUUUGGAAUUUGUGGUUUGAUUAUGCAGUGAUGAGCAUAUAGUAUUUGAUUUAAUUUCUGAAAGAAUUUAAGAAGAGACCCUUCUCAAGGUUUCAAUGCUUGCAAAUUCUUUUCAUGUUUUGUGCUUUUGUAACUAGUUGGACUUCGUGAGAUCUGAGUUUGGGUGUGUUUACAUUCAAGAAUAUUAUAUGGGCAUUUGGUCGAGGAUAAUUGGUGUUGAAGUAAGCAAUUCUUGAAUCUACAAGGUAUGUUGGUGUUAAGAUUUCAUACUUUCUCUGUUCAAGAUCUUAGAUAAUUUGCGAGUAAGAUUCACAAUAAGAUCUGUAACAUAUCUGUUGCAUUGUCUAGUACUCAUUUAUAUGUCUAUGGUAAGUCAGAACUUUAUGCAUGAUUUAAGAGACAAUGGAGGUAUAGUUCCAAUCUGACAAUGCUAUAGAAUGAUUUACCGAAACGGGACGGGAAAGUGGAAGAACAUUAUACACCAAGUAGAAUUUGAGUAGUACCAGUAUCAAGUGUUGUUUGUUUAUUUCGGUCAGAUCGGUGUUACAGAAUGAAACAUAUGGGGGUGAAACCGAUGGAAGAGAAUGGAUGUAUUUACGGAUCGAAAGAGGUGGUUUUAAGCAAUAAUAAUGCUACUAAUUUUGAGUUUCAUAAAGGAAAUAGAGUGAAUCGCGGCAGUUCUCAUCAUCGAAUGGCUUUAGGUAAACCGACUCCGUCGAAAUGGGAUGAUGCUCAAAAAUGGCUUAGUGGAUUGUCAAGAGGAGAAAGAACUCACUCAAAAACCAAACCACGUGAUUCUAAUGCUGAUGACAGGAGCUUGAUUGAUUCUGUCCCUCAAAGGGAGAAAGAUUCUUCUCAUAGUAGUGAUGAUGAACGGUGUGAAGAUCCAAGAAUUGCAAUCCAAGAUGAAGGGGAGACAAAAAAUGUUGAUUCAAAUCAAACUAUCUGGCGAAUUAAUAUGUCUUUGGAAGAGGCAGCAUCAGCUAUCCGGUCGAUCUGUGUGAGAGAUAUGGGGACGGAAAUGACUCCCAUUGCAAGUCAAGAACCUUCUAGAACAGGUACUCCAAUGAGAACUCGGACUCCUGCAACUAGAAGCCCUACAGCUAGAAGUCCUAUCUCUUCCAGAUCAUCUACUCCAGAGAGAUGUCAAGUAGGGGUACAAUCUGUGGAUAGCUACCAAUCUGCUCUUGCAUCAACAGAUACCAGAACUGAUCAAGUCAUGCAUUUUGGUAGGGACAGCGGUGCGAACAGGUGGCCAAACAGAGUAGAAGAAGAAUCUCAUGCGUGUCAGGUAUAUGAAAACAAGAAUGUAGAGCAAUCAAGAAAGCCUAAUCCUCUAGAAACUCGGGCGAUGGCUUGGGACGAGGCAGAACGUGCAAAAUAUAUGGCAAGGUGCAAGCGCGAAGAAGUGAAGAUACAAGCUUGGGAAAACCAUCAAAAACGUAAAGCUGAGAUGGAAAUGAGAAGGGUUGAGGUGAAAGCAGAAAGGUUGAAAUCUCGAGCCCAAGAAAAGCUGAUUAACAAACUUGCAGCAACAAGAAGAAUUGCAGAAGAAAAACUUUCAAAUGCGGAGGCAAAACUGAAUGAACAAGCUGCAAAAACUGCUGAAAAGGCUGAUUAUAUGAGAAGAACUGGUCACUUACCUUCAUCAUUCUCCAUUAAACUGCCUUCACGCUGCUGGUAAAGAUGAAGGGUUUGAAAACAAUGUAAUAGUCAGUCAUCUAAUCAUGUUAUAUCAACUACUAACUGUUAAUUCUUGUUUCUGUAUUAUUACUUUUCUUCAUCUUUGUCUGAAAACCUUGUUCUUUAAUUAUUAAAAUUUUGAUUUAUUUGUUUGUUCAUCA